UUAUGGUCGUCUCAUCAAAUUAGAUCAUCGUCAGUCCUCCGUUAUGAUUAUGUCAUCGACACGGACUUUAAUUUCACACUUAAAUGCUGUCAGCGCUUUCGAAAAGUCUUUCAGUUCUUUGGUUCUUUAACUGCGCCCACUAAAGGUACCUGAAACUGCAGAAAAUCGAAGCAGACGGCUCGAGAUGAAACUCUCUGGAUUCAUUCUGUGGAUGUGCGCAUCCAACAGGUUCCUUUUCUCGGCAUUGCCAUCAACACUGUCGAUCACAAAGUGUGAGAUCCUGGAGUACACCAGUAUUACCUGUUACUGGGAAACAAGCGACCAUGCAGUUGACAACAGCAGCUACAGACUUCAAGUUAACAAAUUUGCGGUUUGUCAAAGUGAAGAAAGCUUCAUCUCUGAGGAUGUUUGUGACACCAGAGGGUCUCAAUGCUCCAUUCAACCCAUCAAUUCAGCGUUUCACUGUUUCUGUGCCGAUGUGCUGGCGUCCACCAUCGCUGGAUCCACACGCUCACCACCCUUCUGUUUCAAUGGUGUCAAUCAAGUGAAACUUCUUCCCCCAUCGAUAACACAUGUCGGGCCGUCAGCGGAGCAGCCUGGGUGUUUCCAGGUGGACUGGAAAAUGCGUUACCACCUCACUGACAACGAGAAAUCCCACAGGAGGAUUCAAGUGGAGUACACCACACAUAACCAGACUCGAUCACAGACGAUUCAAACGUAUCCUGAGGACAGACUGGAGCUUUGUGAUUUAUACCCGGGAUCCAGGUACGCAGUGAAGCUGAGAACUCAGGACAGUCGAGCGUCCACUCACUGGAGCUCAUGGUCAUCCAAAGACUUCACGACCGUGGAGAAAGCCCCAUCUCAUGCUCCUCGACUGUGGAGACGCAUACGACCUGUAGAAGAGACAAGAUGGAGACGUCUUACACUGCACUGGAAGCCUCUUUCGUGGCCUGAAGCGAAUGGUAUCGUUCUCAGUUAUACAGCGUGGUGCCUCAGUGAUGUGGAUUCAUCUCAGUGGACGUGCGGGGCUCUGGAUGCCUCCAAAACCUCCUGUGACCUCACUGUGUCUGAUGAUGCGUGUACCUGCAGUCUGACAGCGACUAACUCAGCCGGGACGUCACCUGUGUCUCACAUCAACAUACCUGGACAUACCGAUGCAGAGCUCCCGCCUCCUGAGAGUAUCAGCGUUAUAUCAUUGGAUGACACCAGACUAAGGCUGGAAUGGACAACUGCACCGAACCAAUCAGAGAGCGGCUUUGUGGUGCAGUGGAUUUCUAUACUUGACAAUGGAACGACCCGUCUGCACUGGCAACAUCUGAAUGAAACGUCUAGAAGAUUUAUUGUUACAGGUCUUCUGCCAGAGAUCCCUUAUAAUGUGUCAGUCAUGAGGGUGUAUGGGGCUAAAGCAGGAAUUGACAUGUCUGUCGUUGCUUUCACAAGAGAAGGAGCGCCCUCUUUUGGCCCAAAGCUGACAGUGCUGCAGACUGGUGGCAGGAGCAUUCAUCUGCGAUGGGAUCCUGUUCCUAUAGAGAAACUACAUGGAUUUAUCAAAUUCUACUCCAUUCUGUACAGUAUCAAUGGAAAAGACAAAAGAGAACAGGUAAAUAGCGCGGUUGAUCAGAUCUCUCUGAAUGGAUUAAUGGAAGGAACCUACAACAUCUGUGUAAUGGCUCAUACUGUAGCAGGGGGCGCCGCUGGGCCAUGGCAGAUGGUGGCUUUGGGGUAUGAUGAUAUACAGGUCAUCCCUAUGCUGUUGUGUGCACUGCUUCUCAUUUUUAUCUUUCUAAUAAUUCCUGUAUGUAUGUGGGUGAGGAUUAAACAGUGUCUGUGUCCGAUAGUCCCGAACCCUUCUAACAGCAGCCUGUCUGUCUGGUCUAAACCAAGUCAGCAUAAGCGAACACCCUCUUCCACCUUGAGCUCCUUCUUCUCUACUGGUCAGACCUCAUGUAACCACGGUUACGAUGAGAAAGACAACGGCCCGGUUCAAGUUCUGAACUUCCAUCCUGUUCAGCAAAUACGUGUUGACAUCGAAGCCAAAGCCAACACUUACAACUGCACAUCAGCUAAAACACCAAAACUGAGAACGGAUGAAUCGACUCAUUUCCAAGCAGAUUUAACUAACCAGAGCUUCACCAAACCAAACCAAAUCAUGUCUGCUGGAUAUCAAGACGACUAUCUGUCACCGACGGAUCCAUUCAUUGAUAGGGUGCCCAGUUACCAAAGCGAUCCGACGGCACGAGAAGAUUUAUGCGACUACAUUCACGUGUCCCAGUGUUACAUGUCUGUUAUGAUGGUAGAUGCGUACAGGACCCUGAAUGCUGAUGAGUGUUCACAUGUUCUGCGCGGUUUACCGGAAGACCACGGCAUCUGAACGAUCAUCAUGAUGUAUGGAGGAUGCUUAAAUGAGCCAAUGCAGCAGAAAAUUAAGGAACUUAAUAUGAUAUUGUACAUGACUGUGAGCUUUACAACCUCAUUCUUAGGAAUUUGAUGUGAAAUAAAACACUGGAUGCAUUAUGGUACACAGGCUUGAGCGGAAAGGGAAAUACUUGAAACUUAAUGGAACUGGGUGGUAAUGAUAUUGUACAGUGAUGAAAAAAUGAGGCCUGCCAUCAUCACUAUUUAAAAAGAUCAAAAAGCCUUCACAGAUGCCUGCUUUCAGGAAAGAAUAUAUAUAUAUAUUUUUUUUUAAUCAAAUAAAAGCAUUGUUGAUUUUAAUGGAUGUGAUAUGCCAUUAAUGUCCAGUGUACACACAGAGUCAAUUUAAACAAUCCAUGACAUUCUCUCGUUAAAAAUAUAAAAUUGCAGAAAACCUUAUAUUGUACUGUUAUAAAUUCUAAAAAGUAUAAUAUAAAUUAUAUUGUUCUCUUAAAAAUACUAUUAUAAUCUUAGUAUAAGCCUUUUUAUUUACUUGUUACUAACUAUUUGUUGAUUUGAAAAAAAAAACAGAAAAGUAACAGAUUGCAGUUUUACGUUACAUAAUGACUGAAUGUAGAAUAAUCUUAUCUUUUGGUUUCCGUCCAUCAAUUUUCAUGUGAAAAUAAUCAUAUUAGAUUAUUCACAUGUAAAGUGUUUAUUUACUGCUUUAUCUGAAUUAUUACGUGAUAAAGGUAUACUCCACCCAAAAAUAAACAGUCUGUCAU